AUGUCUGAACAGUUGACGGAUGAAAUGCAAGGAUUAACUUUGCAGCAUCAGCAGCAGCAUAGAAGACGCAAGAGACGUGAUUAUCAUGCAUAUGCAGCACUUGGAGCAGAGGAGCAGACGCGGGCUGUAACACCGCCUUUAGUGUCUCCUUCUGGGGCGUUUGAUCCUAAUGCAGCUGCCAGCAGUGCUGGAAUAGGGUAUUCUGGAAUUCCUGAGCAGUCACAAUUACAACAACAAUGUCAGCAAGGACAACUUCAACAACAACCACAACAACAAUUUCAACCACAACAAUUUCAACAACAACCACAACAAUUUCAACAACAACCACAACAAUUUCAACAACAACCACAACAACAACCACAACAAUUUCAACCACAACAAUUUCAACAGCAACAGAUUCAACAACCACAGCCUCAACAACUCCAAGACGAAUCACAAACGGCUUCUCUCUCUGUUCCGGUGGCCCGGCUCAAAGCAGACGAGUACUACGCAGAUAAGCAGUUUAGAACCUUCGAGAAUGUGGCACCUCCACUCGCAGGAACGCAGUAUGAGGUUGUGGAUCAAGGAAAUGCGUCUCCGAAAUUUUCACUUAUGACAAUGUAUAGUAUUCCUGCAACUGGGGAGCUUCUCAAGUCCACCGGAAUGCCGCUAGGCAUGUUAUUAAGGCCGUUUGCGGAGGUUGGUGAGGGGGCUUCGAGUGAAAGUGAUGAGACAGAUGGUAAAACUAUGAAUAAUGUGGAGAAUGUGGGUAAUUUGGAGAACGUGGGUAAUUUGGAGAAUGAUAUGGGCAAAGGGCCUGUAGAUAAUGGGGAUAAUACUAUGGACAAUACCAUUGGGAAUCAUGCUAUGGAUAAUGCUGCGAAUAACGACGCACCAGAUGCAGGUACGUCGAUCGACGCGUCUGCAGAUUUUGGCAACACCCUACCCUCUCUGUCCAAAAACCAGCCUGCAGUGCCAGAGUCUGACUUCUCCCACACGGCAGGAGUUCCGCGGUGCAGGCGGUGCAGGGCUUACGUAAACCCGGCGAUGCAGCAAACGGGAUAUCAGAUGAUUUGUAAUUUGUGCGGGUUCACGAGUCCUGUUCCGUCGGAUUACACGGCGAGCGUCGACAGCGCAGGGGUGCGCUCGGACUUCUACCAGCGCCCGGAGCUCCACGCUGGUGUAUACGAGCUGCGUGUUCCGCGCGAGUAUGCGGCCGUAAGCGCAAGCGCCGGUGCAGGCGCAGAUGCUGGCGCGGACACCGGCGCGGCCCAGCGCGCCCUCUGGCACGUCUUCGUCGUCGACACCUCUUCGACGGCAGUCGACUCCGGGUUCACCGGCGCCGCGUGCACCGCAAUUGAGAUGUCGUUGUACGGUCGGCGUGGGCGCAGCCUGCCGCAGGGCGCCAAGGUCGCAAUUCUCGGUUUCGACUCGCGCUUGAAGUUUUUCGAUCUUUCGCCUGGACUCCGGGAGGCCAAAGUGGCUGUGGUGGCGGAUGUGGCUGAGCCAUUUGUGCCGUUUGCAGGUACUGUGUUUGGUUCGCCUGUGGAAUCGCAGGAUAUUAUAAGCGCAUCUUUGGAGCGGCUGCAGUGCGAGCCUGCGGCAUGCGAGCGCACUGCGCUCGGCGGCGCUCUCAAGGCGGCUGAUAUGCUGCUUGCGCCACGCGGCGGUGGCCUGGUCACGGUGCUUCUUGGUUCUGUGCCGGUGCUGGCGCCAGGUGCGCUCCCGCCAAAGCUCCCGCCACACCAGGGCUUGCGCGGCAUGGCCGCCGCAGAAUAUGCGCGCGACGUGCUCACCGCAGGCUGCACUUUCUACACGGACACGCUCGAGAAGUUGUACGUGGACCAUUGCAUUGGCGCAAACUUCUUUGUGGGCGCUCCUUCGCCUGUCGACCUCGCGAACUUGGAUCACUUGUCAGCGCGCACGGGUGGCGCCACGCGCUUGUGGCCGCGCUUUGCCGCUGAGCGCGACGAGCUCGAUCUCGCGAACGCCGUCCAGCGCACCGUGCGCGGCGCCGCAGGGUACCAGGCGCAGAUCCGCAUCCGCUGCUCGCGCGGCUUGCAAGUCGACCGCAUCUUCAUGUGCGGCCGCGCAUACCCCGGUAACGAUGGCAUCUGUGCAUCCCUGCCCGUUUUAGGCCCAGACACCUCUAUCGCCUGCAGUUUUACCCACGACGGCAAGCUCGACACGAAAAAAGAUGCGCAUUUCCAGGCUGCUGUGCUUUACACCGAUCCUGCGGGGUUGCGCCGCGUGCGCAUCAUCAACUCGAUCGUCUCCGUGACCGAGCGCGCCGCAGACGUGUUCUCAUUCGCCAGCGCAGACGCCACUUUGGCGCUCCUGGUCCGCGCAACACUCUCGAAAUUCCCCGCAGACACAUCUUUGGUCUCCGUGCGCAACCUGCUGGUUGCAGGCGUCGUCCGCGCAGUGUCGCGCUAUGCGGCGCUCGUGGGCGCGCGCAUCUCGGCGCCGGGCGAACUCCUCCUCCCGCGCGGCCUCGCCACACUACCCAUGCACGUGCUCGGUGUGCUCAAGUCACAUGCUCUUAUGUCACGUGAGUUGAUCGCGCCCGAUCGACGCGUCAAUUCCUUCAGCCUGCUAGCCAGCUCUCCAGCACCAUUGCUUUCUGUGCUCACAUACCCUUUACUCUUUGCCUUACACAGCCUCCAGCCAUCCCACUGCCGCUGGCGCACGCUCGGCAGCCCCGCCGUGCGCUCCUUUUGCCUUCCUCCAGCCACAAUUCUCUCCCAGGCUCAACUUCAGGCUGCCGGUGCUUAUCUUGCCUUUGAUGGAUGCCACAUGUACUUGUGGCUGCACACGCAGGUACCUUUACAGUUUGUGCACGACCUCUUUGGCACGUCCAUCGACUCGGUCGAAGCUCUCGACCCGUUGAUCGUCCAGCUUCCUAUUCUGGACACUCUUCUCUCGCGGCAGGUCAGAGCACUCUGCAGCUUUUUAUCCAUGCAUUAUCUUGGUUUGGCCACCCACUCUGUCCAGAUCUGCCGCUUCAAGACUGAUCCAUGCGAGGCUGACUUCCUCCAGCUUAUGUAUGAGGACCGCUCGGCCGAGAUGGUGUGGUCAUAUGCCGAGUUUUUGCGUUAUUUGCACACUAGGGUCCAACAGCUCCACAUCGAUUCUCCCAAGCCCGCCGGGAUGAGGUUUGGAAUAUUCUAG